CUAUUAUUAAUAAUCCAUUAUUAAUAAUUCAAACUUUUUUUUGAAGAUGUCUGGACAUGGAAUGGGUAAACCGGAUAUGAUUAAGGCGAGAAAUAAGGAGAGAAUGGAAGGUCGUGCUUGUAGACUUACGGCGACUGGUAAGAAGGAAAAUGAAGAAAAAAAUCCACCUAAGGUUAGAAAGAAAAAGAAGGCGGAUGUAGUGCGUCAUGACGGCCACCCUACUGUGGGGCAGUUGUCUCUUAGUCGAGGUACUACCAGUACUCCUACACCACAGAGCGCACCGGUAUGGCAGGCUAAUUGGAGUGAUUCCAUUGACGAGGAUGAUGAUGAUGACGGUGAGGCUGAGGUUGGGAAUGCCCCAGAUGCUGGUGAUGCUGCUGGUGAUCGUGCUGGUGAUGCUGCUGGUGAUGCUGAGGAUGGGGAUGCCCCACCUCAAGCUGAUUUAGGCGUAGGGAAGACGGCGCGGGUCGGGAUAUCUUCUACUGCCUCCUCCCACUUCCGUGGCCCCGAUGGACGCUAUGCGUCCAGACCUAGUAGCGAGGAUGGCGGAGAUGGAAAUAGGAAGAGGAAGACCACGAGGAAAGAUAUGUCGUGGUUUCUUACAGCCGAGUCUCCGAUGUGUUCAGGUGGACCAGUGAUUCCCGAUGUGAUCCCUAGCUUUGGAGGUCACAAUGGUCUUGUACUGUGGAAUACCCCUGGUGGGGCCGUCACAGGUAGCACGGUAUAACGACCGCCUUGACUGUAUACAAUGAUAGCCCAUGAAUGCAAGGUGGCGAAGACGAAGAGUUCCGCAUUAUCCAUCCAGUUGGGAGGUCCACAGCCACUUGUUGAUGCCCACCUGCAACGUCGAAUGCCAUUUUCUAUUCCAUCUGCUAUUCCAUCAUAGUAGUCUCUAUAAAGCUCAGGACGGGAU